UUCCUCUCCGCUACCGCCGAUUCUCAUUCCCUCUUCAGCAACAACUAUGAAUACCUUAAAUCCGAUGAACGAUUUUACAUCUACCAUCUAUAAAACCGAUUCCAAAUUCCGAAACUUGUUUGACCGGAGGAAGAAUUCUCUCAAGAUCCUAAUUUCUUAUUUUUUGGGUAUAAAGAAAACUAGGGUUUGGAGAAAUUUAUACGUUUACUUUUGGUUAAUGCAACAAAAAUCAAUCAGAGAUCAAAUAAAAAAAUAUUGACUUCAUGAUAGAAAUGUACAUUCCUCGGUUGGACAUUAUGCUUGGUUGGUUGCGUUCUAAAAUUCAGCAGCUACCUGUUUCUUCAGAAAAUUUUACAUCUCAUCCGAAGCCUGAACAAAUUGAGUGUCUCCAUAACUAUGUAAAACUCUUGGAAAAAGAACGAUCUUCGUUGCAAAUAUCACAAUUUCACUGUCAGUACUCUAUGGAUGAGGUGAUUCGUUGGGAGAAACAACUUGUUGCAGAGAUGAAUAUGCCGAAUCUCAUGGCAGCUUUUCAGUCACCUGGUGACCAGCGGUCGUUGUUGCAAAUUCCUCAACUGAAAGCCGGAACACCUUUGCAAUCUACAAAUUUACCUUCCUCUACACUUUCUUCUUGUACACCUUUGGCUUCAACUGAUUUACCAGGUAAACCCGAAUAUCAGCAGAAUGUUGUGCUGUCUUCACUACCAAAGGAUGGAAAUAUUGCCAUUUCUUUUCUGUCCCUCUUUGAUAUGUUUCAAACAAAUGUUUAUACUGCUUAGUUAGUGGAAUUUCUAAUCAGAUAUGUAG